CUAAAGAGACACAAUUAGAGUGCACUACCAAUCAAACUAUCAAUACCUGUGCCAACCAACAUAACAGACAUAAAGACCAAUGGCAUUAGAGAAUAUACAGCAAUCAAUAGACGGUGUACACCAACUUCUGGAAGUGAUAGAUCUGGUACAGAUGCAGGUAUGGGUGGCCGGACAGCCAAUUGAUAUAACUAUUACAAAAAUGGGUGAAAAACGGGUAGUAAAUUUGGAGAAUCGCAUAAGUUUUAGCUGCCAAUGGGUCAACUAUCGGGGCAGUAGGGUAUGCGUAGUGUUAAAAAAGGCUAUAGAUCAAAAAGUUAUUCGCCCGGCCCACUCGCACGGAUUGAUCAGUGAUGGCGGUCCUCAAGCGACACUCAUUGUCAGACAGACACCUGAUGGAGGACAGCCGGACGACGAAUUGCUUUAUGUUAUCGACGAGCGAACGGCACAGAUGAUGGCCACACAGCUAUACGAUCAACAGGUCAUACAUAAACUUAUAGACGCCAUCAACAAUCUAAUCAAUGCAGGCAUUCAACUCUAUCAGACCUAUUUUGAUAACUAUAUGCCCAAUGUUGCUCUGGUUGAUAACGAUAACCAAAAACAACGGUUCUGCGAAGUGGCCACACGGCUCAGGUAUCUGCUGCGCGAAGCCAUGUCAAUGGAAGAGGUGCUCACACACGCUGUCGAGUAUAUGCCUAAAAAGCUAACGAUACAAGUUCUGCCCGAACCAAUAAGUCGACCGGCGCCUCUAAAUUUGAAGCCAUGGCUACCCGAACACCCGCCACAUAUAAAUGAUAUGAAGGAAUUUGAAGUAAUCAAACAAAAUGUGGAAAACAAUAGACACCGGUUAUACCAAAUCAAUUGGAUGGAUGUGUUUGAACGGUACGCAUACCGGAACCAUUCAAUUGUUAUUAGUCAGGCAGGAGAACAGUCAAUACAGUUUAAUAAUAGUAAUCAAACGGUUACUGUGUUUGUUCAUCUUGGAUACGGAAGGGGCGCUGAACUACGGUCAACAAGUUUUCUAAACUAUGAACAUAAACAACCUAGCAUCUAUUUUGUACGUACAGUAAACAAUCAUCAGUUAAUAUUUAAGUGUAAAAACUCAAAUGACAAACUUAUGCACCCGGUUUACAGUAACGGCAAUCACGGCCAUCACGUUGUUAUUGGUCUCAACGGUUGGCAGUCAAUGGUUUUACACUUCGACGGCAUUGGUCCCGAGGAACGGGUAUAUUUUGUCAACAGUAGUAUAGCCCGCCGAUUGAGACGACUGUUCGAAGUAUGGGAUGUCAUGACAGUCUAUCGGCGCUGGUUUGAAGAUCUAAUCCGUUAUUCUUCUCUCAUCAUUGAAAUGCAACGGUUUGCCAAUCAAAACGUUGAGCUACGACAAGAUAUUGUCACCGAUUUGAUCAAUCGGAACAAAUGGUUAGCCGGUGCACUGCCCCGACUGCUUACCAAUUAUCAUGCAUUGGAGAAACUGCAGUUAUUGCAUCGGCACAGUAUAUUAAUUGGCGAUCCAAACAAAGACCCGCCGAGAGCUUUGUUCCAAUGGCCGACAAUUAAAACGGCUUCUAAUUUGGACGUUGAAGGAGAAAAUUAUGAAUCAGAUGCUGACGAUACAGAUACAGGUGCUUAUUGGGGAGUCAUAUUGGAUUCAACAAUUGAUGAGGGUGGUGCUUAUAGUGAAGUUGAUUUCACGAAUCCCAUUAAUCUAGUCGAUCCCAUUGAACCAAUCGAUCCGAUAGGCUAUGAACCUACUGAAGUUAUUUUGGAUCCUACAGUUGAUGAUGGUGGUGGUGGUGCUUAUGGUGAAGUUGAUCCCAUUUAUCCCCUCACUCUAGUCGAUUCCAUCAAUCUUAUUGAGUCCAAUGAGCCCAUUGGUUCCAUUGAACCACUCGAUCCUAUGGAUUUCAUCAAUCCCAUAGGCCAUGAUCCUAUGAAAGUCAAUUUGUAUACUACUGUUGAUGAUGAUGGUGGAGUUGAUCCUAUUGAUCACAUGAAUUUAGUCGAUUCCAUCAAUCUCAUUGAGCCCGUCGAGCCAAUUGGUCCAAUUGAACCAAUCGAUCCUAUGGAUUUCAUCAAUCCCAUUGGCCAUGACCCUAAUAACGUCAUUUUCGAUACAAUAGUUGAUGAUGUUGGUUAUCCUGAUGCAGCUGAUCCCAUUGAUCCCACCAAUCCUAGUGACUAUCAAGAUGUUUAUCAACCGGGCACUAGUGGUAGUAGAAAAAUUGGUAAUAAACGUCAAAAGACAACAACUGUCACAAAAGAGGAUCCAUCGACUGAUGAUAAACCAAAUUAGACGAAAAUAUUUAGUAGACUGUUAUAAGGAAUGGCAGUACAAACAUAUU